AUGGACGAGAGAUGGACCAGAAAUGAUGAGGCCACAAGAAGUUUCAUUGCAGCUUGGUCCAGAAUCUGCAGAGAUGAGGUGGAUGCUUGUUUCCCAACAAAUACCUUUUUGUUCACCAACUAUCCACAUACCUCCAAAGUCAAGCUAAAUGACUAUAACAAAACGCUGAGUAGGAGGCAACCCACUAUUAGACCAACCUUCUACAUCAUCUACAAGAAAAAAUCAUCGGAAGGGUAUCAAUGUAUCCCAUAUGUCGUUUCGAUGCUUAGUUCCAUGCUGUGGAUCUAUUACGCCAUGAUGAAGAAACGAAAUGUUCUAAUAAGGAUCACUAUCAACACCUUCUCCUUCUUUAUACAGAUUUGCUACGUUUCUUUCUUCACGGUGUAUGCACCGAAGAAGGAACAGACUCUAACGGUGAAAUUCGUGUUACUUGUGGACGUUUUCGCUUUCGGUUUUAUUUUCUUCCCGACAUACUUUCUUCUUGAUGGUAAGCAACGUGUCGAAAUCCUCGGAUAUAUUUGCAUGGUGUUCUCUCUUUGCGUUUUUGCUGCACCCCUUGGCGUCAUUAGGAAAGUGAUUAAAACCGGAAGUGUAGAGUUCAUGCCGUUCGGUCUCUCUUUCUUUCUCACCUUAUCGGCAGUCAUGUGGCUAAUAUACGGCGUCCUAGUUAAAGAUGUAAACAUUAUGGUUCCAAAUGUUAUGGGUAUUAUACUGGGAGUGCUACAGAUGAUACUUUAUUGGAUAUACAAGAAACCUGCUGCGGCCAUUGAAGACACCAUACGGCAUAACCUUGAUGAGAAGAUCAAAGGAGACAUUGAAAAUGAAGCAGAGAAAAUAAAAUGUUUCUAUAUAUCCAAGAACUGAUCGU